UACGCGUCACUCGUAUCUCUCACGCCUCUCGCUUCGGUUUCCUCUUGCUCGCGCGCACAAUGUUUGCCCGCAGCAUCCUCGGCGCGCGCCGGCUAGCUCUAGCAGCGCCGCCGCGUCUCUCCGCACCCCCAGGUCUCGGUCUCACACUCACUCUAGCGCGCGGCUUCACCACGUCGCCACCGCGCCUCACGCCGCGCAUUCCGUCCCGCUUCCCGCCCUCCUUCUUCCGGUCCCAUGCAUUCGCUCAGUCCCGUCCUACACCCCGCCGCGCCAAGUGGACGUAUGCACGCUACGGCCUCGUCUCGCCGACGUUUGCGCACAAACACCCCUGGCUCGCCUCCGUCCUCCGCCUCUUCCUCGCCGUCAUGGUCGGCUCCUCCGUCCUCCUCCUCAUCGUCCUGAUCCACGACGCAUCGACCUACUCACAGAAACACAUCGACCGCGUACCUGUCAACCCCCUGGCGCUGUCGCCGCGCCGCGGCGGGCCCAAGAACCUGCCGAUCAUCGAAGUCAACAUUGACGACAAGGAGAGCGACGAGAAGGCGCGCUGCGAGGGCAAGCCCCGCCUCAUCAUCCUAGGCGGCGGGUGGGGGGCCGUCUCGAUCCUCAAGACCCUUCCUCCGACAGCAUACAACGUCACGCUGAUUGCUCCGGACAACUACUUCUGCUUCACGCCUCUUCUGCCCUCGGCCUGCGUAGGGACCGUCGAGCCGCGGUCGCUUGUUGAGCCUCUCCGCCGCCUCGUCGCCCGUGUCCACGGCCACUUCUUGCAGGGCGCGGCCGUCGACAUCUGCAUGUCUGAGCGCCUCCUCGAGGUCGAGGUGCCGACUGAAGACGGGCCGAUGCGCGCUUACGUUCCGUACGACAAGCUCGUGAUUGCCGUCGGGUCGCGGUCGAACGACCACGGCGUCAAGGGCCUCGAGCACUGUUUCCAGCUCAAGACGAUUCCCGAUGCGCAGGCGAUCCGGCGUCAGAUCAUGAUGAACCUCGAGACGGCCUCGCUUCCCACCACGACGCCCGAGCAGCGCAAACAUCUCCUCUCGUUUGUGGUGUGUGGCGGCGGACCGACUGGCGUCGAGUUCGCGGCCGAGCUCUCGGACAUGCUCAACGAAGAUGUACUCGCCUACUACCCCAAGAUCCUGAAAGGCGAUAUGACGGUGACGAUUAUCCAGAGCCGCGACCAUAUCCUGAACACGUACUCGGAGAAGAUUUCGGACUAUGCGGAGAAGCACUUCCAGCGCGAGGAGAUUGAUGUGGUUACGAACGCGCGCGUGAAUGAAGUUACGCCCAAGUCGGUGCGCAUCACCAUCAAGGAGAAGGACGGCUCGAUCCGCGAGGCCGAGCUUCCCGCCAGCAUCGUGUUGUGGAGCACGGGGAUUGCGAUGCAGCCGUUCACACGGCAGAUGGUAGAGCUCCUGCCUAACCAGUUCCACUCCAAGGCCGUGCAAGUGGACGCGUACCUGCGCGUCGAAGGCGCCCCGAAGGGCUCGAUCUAUGCGAUUGGCGACGCGGCGACGAUCCACCUCAACAUGCUUUCGGACCUGCUUCUGAUCUGGGAGCAGUUUGACGAGAACAGAGACGACAAGCUGACCUACGACGAGUGGGCGCUCAUGGCCGAGCACAUCAAGAAAAAGUACCCCUUGACGAGCGACUACCUCGCGCAGAUCCGAGACGUGUUCAGAGAGUUUGACACGGACGGUCGCGGCCACCUCUCUCUCAACCAAGUCGCGGACAUGUUCAUCAAGAUGAGCUCGAAGGCCACCGCGCUGCCGGCGACAGCGCAAGUCGCGUCGCAGCAGGGCGAGUACCUCGGCCACAUGUUUGGUCGGCUCGCGCGCCAACGCAAGACGCUGCAAGCUAAUGACAUUGACAACCUCGACGACGAGGCGUACUACCACCCCUUCAAGUACCGGAAUCUCGGGACGCUCGCGUACAUCGGCAACUCGGCCGCAUUCGAUAUCGGGGGAUACGGGAGCGCGGGCGGCCUGCUGGCCAUGUACGCGUGGCGCAGCGUGUACUGGAGCAUGCAGGUGUCGAUGCGCACGCGCUUCAUGCUCAUGCUGGACUGGGUGAAGCGUGGGUUGUUUGGGCGUGACUUGUCGAAGUUUUAGCUCGUCUACGCUUGUAGAUGUAUGCAUCGGCGCGCCAUAGGCCCGUCCGUGGCUGCACGCUUCAUCCAGUAAUACCGGUGUGCGAUCCCCGCGCCGACCCGGAGUAACGCUCACCAAGUACGAGGCUAUCGCCGCGCCGCCCACCGCGGCCGCCCCUUGGGCGUCGGCUGGAGCUUGCGGUCCAACUCCUUGAUCGCCCGCUCGACCGUCUCGCAGAUCUCGUGGAACGGGGCGUCAUGUAUAGCCGGAUUGAGCAC